GCAUAAUGUUUUUUUUCAUGGAAGAUUAGAACUCAAGUCGGUCGUUACGAAUUCCAUUUUCGUAAUAUACUAAAUACCUCGGUCGCUUCGAAUUUCUGAGCCCUUGAAAAAAACCUGACUCAUUGGUAAUUUAUCGGUACAAAAAUAAGGACUUAUUAGCCAUGCCUUGAAAAUUUUGAUCGGACAUAGCGAUUUAAAAAUCUUUCCGCCAUUGACUUUGACAUCAACAAAUUUCGCAGUUUAUUUUCGUCGUUUUGUAGCUUACACCGUCUCGGCUGUUAUCCAACACACUCUUGAAAACUGACUCCGAAGUUGGUAAACCGAAAGCAGGCAAAAUGGAGUUAUCUUUUCGUAUUCUUGGUUAUUUAACCUUGCUCUGUUACUUACUACACCAUACGAAUGCUGUCAAACCAGUAUUUCAAGACUCUACUCCUUCUGUAAUAACAGAAGGAUUACCACCAGGUACAUUUUACUACAAGUUCGUAGCAACUGAUGCAACUCCAGGACAUGUUGUUACGUACAGUCUUGAGUCUAAAGCAAGUGAAUGGUUCAACAUUAACAGCGCUACUGGAAAUGCAACAGUAAAGAAAACUAUUGACAGAGAGGCGAUGGGGAGCACGUUUAGAUACAAAGUAUUUGCAUCAGACGGCACAAAUACAGGAGAAGCAGAUGUGAUUCAACAGAUCCGGGAUAUUAAUGACAAUCCUCCGGUCUUCAAUAACCUGCCGAAGAGUAUCAACAUUAAAGAGGAUACCUCUGUAGGUUCAUUAGUGUUUACAGUGAGUGCAACCGAUGAAGAUUCAUCCCCUGCUAAUGCCUUCGAAUUUGCCAUUGAAACUGGUAAUGAGGAAGGAAGAUUUGAAUUCCCUAAUCCCGCUGAUGGCCAAAUUAAACUGAAGAAAUCUCUCGACUAUGACGAUGGUACAAAACAGUUCGUGUUUCGAAUUAUCGCAAAGAACACCCUUUCCAGUCCUUAUCUAAAUUCUACAGCAGUGUUGACCAUCAACGUUCUGGAUGUGGAUGAUUUGGGUGCGAAGUUUGAGAAGAAUUUGUACGAAACAACACUAGCCAAAGAUUCUCUGCCGGGUACCGUAGUGACGACUGUCCAGGCUAAAGACAGGGAUAGUUUUAACGCUACUGUAGAAUACAAAAUAUAUCAAGAAACUAAUCCUGGUAACGUGUACAAGGUAAAUAACAACACAGGAGAGAUAACAGUCAAUGGACCGCUGACUAUUGGAACUCAGCUACUGGUCGUUACGGCCACCUCGACCAAACACCCUCCUGCAUUCACCGUAGUCAAAGUGAAUGUGGCUUCAAUGCUCAACAAGUCGUACACUGUCAGUGUUGCUGAAGGACAAAGUAAUGUGGUUAUUUUCAAUUUGGAACCUGUAGAACGGUACUACAACAUCACCGGAGGAACGUUCUCUAUCAUAUCUAGUGCACAAUCUAGUCUCUUCUCCAUAGACGGCAAAAACCUAAAAGUUGGAGGAGCAGCGUUGGACAGAGAGACUCGAGACCAAUACCAACUGAAUAUUGUGGUAGAUAAAGAUGGUACAAGAAAAGGAGUGGUUAUGGUUACCAUCAAUGUACUGGACAUCAAUGACAACACGCCGUCAUUCCAAGGUGAUCUCCCUUACAAUGCUUCAGUGAGAGAAGAUGCCGAUGUAGGACACAGUAUAUUGAGGGUAACAGCAACAGAUGUGGAUGAGGGUUUGAAUGGUACUGUGAAGUAUGCCCUUAAAGGAGUAGAUCAACCAGACCUUUUCUCCAUCGAAAACGCAACUGGAUUAAUUACUUUAGCUGGCAAACUAGAUCGUGAGACAAUGGCUCAGUACACUCUGACUAUCCAGGCCUAUGAUGGAGGAUCUCCUCCUAAGACCAACAUUACUACUGUCAUUAUCAACGUACUAGAUGUUAACGAUAACCUGCCGGUUUUAAACCAAACUUCCAUUUCUAAAGUUGUUCCUGAGUGGGCAACGAAUGGGACAGAAGUGGCAGUGGUAUCAGCCACAGAUGCAGACAGUGGAGACAAUGGCAGGAUUACAUACGUCAUACAGGAAGGAGCUGAUGACAAGUUUGUUAUUGACCCUAACACCGGUGUUAUCACCACCACAGGAGGGUUAAGUUACACGACUAAACCCAUAUACACGCUUGUUGUGAAUGCCCGUGAUAACGGUUUACCACCAAGAUCUGCUACAGCUACUGUACAUGUUAACAUCGAACCAAGAACUAACAAAUCCUACACAGAACAAGUCACUGAAGGAGCAGCAAACGUUGAUGUUUUAAGUUUGUUGAGCGUAGAAAAGGAUUACAAAGUUUCUGGAGCAUCGUUUUCUUUUAUAUCUGGUAAUGACGACAACCACUUCUUGAUUGAUGCUGCAAACAAAGUGCUCAAAAUUGGUUCACAACCACUGGAUAGGGAACUUCGAAAUGAAUACCGACUUGAAAUCCAAGUCGAAAAAGAUGGGAUAAUCAGAGGAGUUGCGACGGUUACUAUACUGGUGCUGGAUGUCAAUGACAACUCUCCGUCAUUCCAAGGAACCAUUCCUUAUGAUGCGAGCAUUAAAGAAGACGCUGGUAUCGGCGCAAACAUUGUUAAAGUUCUGGCAAAAGACAGUGAUUCUGGACUUAACAGUACUGUGAAAUAUGCCAUCACUGCGGGAAACGACCAAGGCUCGUUUUCCAUGGACAACAAGACCGGACAAAUAUCUUUGUCUGGUAGCCUUGACCGAGAAAAAACUGCUCAGUACACUCUGACUAUCCAGGCCUAUGACGGAGGGACUCCUCCAAUGACCAACACUACUACUGUCAUUAUCAACGUACUAGACGUCAACGAUAACUCACCGGUGAUGAAUCAGACUUUACUUUCCAAAACCCUUUCUGAGUGGGCAACGAAUGGAACAGAAGUGGCAGUGGUAUCAGCCACAGAUGCAGACAGUGGAGAAUAUAGCAGGAUUACAUACGUCAUACAGGAAGGAGCUGAUGACAAGUUUGUUAUUGACCCUAACACCGGUGUUAUCACUACCACUGGAGGGUUAAGUUACACGACUAAACACACAUACACGAUCAUUGUGAAAGCUCGUGAUCACGGUUCAUCGCCACGCUCUGCGACAACGGUCGUGUCUGUUAGCGUUGAACCCAAGACUAACAAAACCUACACAGUACAAGUUACUGAGAACAGACCAGAUGAAAUUGUGAUGAGUUUAGUGGUCGUGGAGCAAGACUACAACAUCAUUGGAGCAAGUUUCUCAAUUUCAGCUGGCAAUAACGAUGAUCAUUUCAAAAUUGUUGGAAAAGAUCUUAAAGUCGGCGCGAAGCCACUGGACAGGGAGAUUAAGAAAGAGCAUGUGCUCCGAGUCACACUCGUUAAAGAUGGCAAAGUUAGAGGAGUCGCAAUGAUAAUUGUCAACGUACUUGACGUGAACGACAACUCGCCUGCAUUUCAAGGAUCCAUUCCUUAUAGCGUUGACGUAAAGGAAGACACUAUGAUUGGUGAUAUCAUUCUGAAGGUUAACGCAACGGACAGUGAUAGCGGUAACAAUGGUACAGUUAUAUAUUCCAUAACUGGGGGCAACGGAGAAGACCGUUUCUCCAUCGAAAACACAACUGGAAUAAUAACUUUAGCUAGCGAACUAAACCGUGAGACAACGCCUCAGUAUACUCUGACUAUCCAGGCCUAUGAUGGAGGAUCUCCUCCUAAGACCAACACUACUACUGUCAUUAUCAACUUACUAGACGUCAACGAUAUCUCACCAAGCUUUAGUCCUAGAGUAAUGAAUGUGGUUGUUUCUGAGCGGACCUCAAAUGGUGUCCAGAUCGCACAAGUAACAGCUAAAGAUUCAGAUAUAGGCGAAAACAGCAGAAUUAACUACAGCAUCGCGGAAGGCAAUGAUGGGAAAUUUGACAUUGAUCCAAACACCGGUGCCAUCAAGAUCAUUGGGGGACUGAGUUUCAAAGAAAGAUCCAAAUACAUGUUGAUUAUCGAUGCUAAAGAUAAUGGGUUGUCUCCUCGUACUGGGUCAGCUAUUGUCUACAUCACGAUCACAAGCGCUGGGCAGAAUUUGCAUUCACCUGUUCUUAAGAAAACUGAUUACCUGGGAGGAGUAUACAAGGAUACCAGCGAUGACCAGCUUAUUCUAACUGUCUCAGCUACAGACGCAGACAGUGGUGCAAACGGGGAAGUCAUAUACGAGCUCACAGAAAAUCCUGUCCCAUUCCUUUUCCACCUGGAAACUGUCUCUGGACGUCUGCGCAGUGCAAACUCGUUUGUAGAUAAAGAGGGAGAACUUUAUAUAUUUAAAGGUAGAGCCAAAGACAAAGGGAGUCCACCUAAAAAUUCAACAGAGGCAAAUUUAUGUGUUUUUGUUCUCCGAGAUUCUCAUAGUCUGAUUAUCACAGCUGAUGUCAGUCAAGAUUUCAUCCUGAAAAACGACGAAGAAUUCCGAGGUGUCCUUGAUGAUUUGACUGGAGGAAAGGCUUUCAUUAAGUCAGUCAGACCUAUAGGAGGAAAAACCAAUUCGUCGGAGAUUAUUUUUAAUGUUGUCAAGAACAAGACGGAGUCGACAUCUGAUCAAAUUCAUGAGUCACUAAAAAGAAGAGAGGAUGACAUUAAAAACAAGUAUAGCAAAUGGAACAUAAGAACCUAUGAGCUUCCCAAAACGGGGAAGCAGAUCUCAAAAGGUGGCUUAUCAGCUAUAGUCGGAGCCAUGAUAUGCCUGGCUUUACUGAUUGGUGUUGGUGGAAUUAUUAUGAUUAUUAUUCUCAUAAAGAAAAGACGCGAGCGAGAGAGAAUUCGAAGAAAUGCAAGAGUUACUUUCAACGACGAGCCACACUACAUUAAUAUCGAUGGUAAUAUGCCCGUCAGUAGGUUGAGACACGCCGAGUCUGCACAGGAAGCCCACCAAGGGUUAACAAACAAUAUGGUUGACGAAACCUCUUCUGUUGGUUCCGAGGAAGUCCAGACAUCACCGGACGUCAUGAACUGUAUCAAUGAAGCUUAUCAUAAUGAGGACCAUGACAGGCACGAUCAGGAAGAAGGGUUCUUUAAUGACAAUGAAAGGGUUAAUUUUGGGACUUUCUUCCCACCCCCACCAACGGAGCCGCCCCCACCGGUCCCAGACUCUGAUGCCGAUUCACUGGCUUCCGAGGAAGAAUCGAUCAACUAUGACGAGGACGAUGACAGGAUUAAUUUUGGGACUUUCUUGCGACCUCCACCAACGGAGCCGCCCCCACCGGCCCCAUAUUCUGAUACCGGUUUCCUGGCAUCCGAGAAAGAAUCGAUCAACUCUGACGAUGACGAGCCCGAUUACAUUAAUGCAGUUCUGCCACCUCAUGAGGAUUUUGCAGAUAAUAGCCAUCCGCACGGCAUUGGAGAACACGGUGGAGAUUCGCCGACCCAUUCUCACACCGGCAGCACAUCACAGCUUAUUAACUCUUCGUCUUACCAGGACGCACAGCUCCAUGAUCCUACCUUUGGUUUUGAAGCGUUAAGGAAAGUUCAAAUCCCGAAUUGUCAACAGAAUUGUAAUUUACAGCACUACAUUUAAGCUUGAUUCCUUACAUCUAGUUUAAGAGAUUCACUUAAACAGACCUUUAUAGCUUCGUAUGUAAAUCGCACCUUCAGAUCACCUGAUGUACCUUCGACAAUUGUUCUUUUGUGAUGAACUUUCUUCCCACCUCCACCAACGGAGCCGCCCCCAACGGUCCGCCCAGAUUCUUUAUAUUUACACAAGAAAGAAUCAGUUCCCAGGAGGAGCAUCAGAUGGUCUGCAAUGUGCACAACAAACCACCAAGCUAUAAAUGUCUGUUGGUGAUUUUCUAAGUAGGUAUUCAUAUCCUGGAUGGCUUCAAGGAAAUACAAUUGAUAAUCAAAUAAUGUAGUCAAGGAGACAGUGAAGGAUUUUUCUCA